UGGCAAAGGUAAAUCAGUACACUGUGACUCGACAACCGAGCACUGAUUGAAAAGUCACAAAGAAGCUUGAAAAUGAGGGGCAUACAUAUGUGGCAAUUGGUGGCAGCCACAUGCCUUUUGGCGGCCUGUCUGGCUUGGGAGUUUUCGCGCGAAUCUGGCGAUUUGGUGGUUUCCGCUUCUCAUCAUAAGUCUAGCCAUCAUGAGUCUGGUGGUGGCCAUGAAGAACAUGGUGAUCAUCACUCAUCAGGUGGUGAAAAGGGCGAUAAGGGGUACAAGAGUGAUCACCAUUUUGAUAAAGGUGAGCAUGGCAAACAUGGUAAGGAGCACGACUCUGGCUACUAUAGCGACCAUAAAGGCCAUGAACAUAAACAUCACGAUGACGAAGAUCAUUACGGUGAGCAUCACGAAGCCGCCAAGGGUCACAAAGGAGGUAAAUUCGGUGAAAAGAAAGGUCACAAAAAAGGACAGAAGACCACAGGAUAUCACCACAAGUCCCACAAGGAUGAAUAUCAUAAGGAACAUAAAUUCUACGACGAUGCCCACAAAGGUGGACACCACAGCAAACACGGCGAUUUCCACUCACAUCACUCCAAGAAAGGUGGCGACCACAAAAAGGGUGACCAUCAUGAGUCCGCUUUCAAACAGGACAAACAUGGAAAGAAAGGCCAUCAUGACAAAGGACAUCACGACGAAGAUCACAAAGGAUACAAAGGCCAACACGGACACGAGUCCCACUAUGCCCAUCAUGAAGACCAUGGUAAAAAGGGUGGCGGCUCCGGAGGAAAGGAAUACGGUUUCCAUGAAGGUGGAAAGAAGCAUUAG